CACCAUACAGAGAAAAGGAGAAAUUCCCCACCUUAAAAGCAUGAUGCGGUGCAAGCCACAUUUGGUAGGAGUAACGGGAUUUGCAAAGAUAUGGAUUCCAUUAUUCAAGACCAGAAAGCAACUGAGUUGUUUCAAGCUCACACUCAUUUGCAUAGCCAAAUGUUCAAUUACAUAAAUUCUAUGUCACUCAUGUGCGCAGCCCAGCUAGGAAUACCAGACAUAAUCCACGACCAUGGCAGGCCAAUCACUCUUCCUCACUUGGUCUCAGCACUGCACAUCGCACCAAACAAAACUAGUAUCAUAUACCGGCUUAUGCGCAUGUUGGUGCACUCAGGCUUCUUUGCCACCACAAGAGCUGCUAAUGGUCAAGGAGAAGGGGAAGAAGAAGCUUAUGUUCUAACACCACCUUCCCAGCUACUUGUCAAAGAUAACACCAAUUGCUUGUCACCGUUUAUGUCAUUGAUUAACCCAGCAUUUGUGACACCAUGGCUUUCCCUCGGGGAUUGGUUUCGAGGAAAUGAGCCUACUGCAUUUGAGCAAGCAUAUGGGAUGGCAUUCUGGGAGUACCAUAACCAAAAUCCUGAACUCAACCGUCUUUUCAAUGAAGCAAUGGCCUGUGAUUCUCAGAUGAUGAACUUGGUUAUUAGAGACUGUAAGCCAAUUUUUGAGGGGUUGAAUUCAAUGGUCGAUGUAGGAGGUGGUACCGGUUCACUUUCCAGGAUCAUAUCCGAGGCAUUCCCUCAUAUGAAUUGCACAGUACUUGAGCUUCCACAAGUCAUUACCAACUUGGAAGGCACCAAAAACCUUAAUUAUGUUGGAGGAGAUAUGUUUCAGCAUAUCCCUUCUGCAGAUGCCGUCUUACUUAAGUUAAUUUUUCAUGGUUGGAGUGACGAGGAUUGCUUGAAGAUAUUGAAGAAAUGCAAAGAAGCUAUUUCGAGCAAAGGAAAGGGAGGAAAGGUGAUUAUAGUAGAUGUGGUGAUAGAUGAGAAGAAAGACGAGAAGGAACUAACCGAAACAAAGCUCCUUUUCGACAUGCUGAUGAUGGUUGUGGCUGCUGGAAAAGAGAGAAGUGUCAAAGAAUGGGAAAAGCUAUUCUUGGAGGCUGGCUUCAGUCACUACAUGAUUACACCCUUAUUUGGUUUAAGGUCCCUAAUUGAAGUUUAUCCAUAGGAUGAAGAAACUAUGAAUUAAAAACUAUAUAGUUUGCUUGCUGAAUAAAUUUAUGUAUCCUACUUGACACAUUGUUGUUGUGAUGGCUCAAGUCCAAGUGCCAACCUUCUAUGUUGAUCUAUUAAGUAUUAAUUCAUAUUAAUUACAUCGCUCAAAGUUGAACUUGAA